CUGGCGCUGAACGUGUCGCUGCGUUUACCUCUACACAGCGACGCAUGCACAUCCCUGGAGUUAUGUAAUUGUAGUAGUAAAUAUUGACGACGGUGAAAUGACAGGAUUUCUACAUUGUUUCGAAGCGCAUACCUCCUCAUCUUGUUCUCCUUGAGGAAGGAUACGGCUGCGCGACGUCGUCAGCAACCGUCUGGGAGAUGGACGGAAAGACUGCGGAAACCGGGGAUGACGGGAGGACGAGUGAGGAAGCAUCCGCCGGCCUCUGUCUACAGCUUGACCUGGAGGACACCGAUUCAGCCAAGAAGGCUCAGAUAACAGAGAUGCCGUCCCCAUUUGGAGUAGGCCCAGCCCAUGAGAAAAAGAUUGGCCACAGGAGGGUGGAUGCCUCUGGAGAGACAACAUACAAGAAGACCACCUCCUCUGCUUUGCAAGGGUCCAUCCAGCUUGGUAUUGGAUACACUGUGGGCAACCUCAGCUCCAAGCCGGAGAGAGAUGUGCUGAUGCAGGACUUUUAUGUUGUGGAAAGCAUUUUCUUCCCCGGUGAAGGCAGUAACCUCACUCCAGCCCACCACUACCCAGAUUUUAGGUUUAAAACCUACGCCCCUGUGGCCUUCCGAUACUUCCGAGAGCUGUUUGGGAUCCGCCCAGAUGACUACCUGUAUUCUCUGUGUAAUGAGCCACUGAUCGAGUUGACAAAUCCAGGAGCUAGUGGCUCCAUCUUCUACGUGACCCGCGAUGACGAGUUCAUCAUCAAAACUGUGCAGCAUAAAGAGGCGGAGUUUCUGCAGAAACUCCUUCCUGGAUACUAUAUGAACUUAAACCAGAACCCUCGGACUUUGCUGCCAAAGUUUUUUGGCCUCUACUGCGUCCAGUGUGGGGGUAAGAACAUCAGAGUUGUUGUGAUGAACAAUAUUUUGCCGCGCUCUGUACGCAUGCACCUCAAGUUUGAUCUGAAGGGCUCCACAUACAAGAGGCGAGCAUCUAAGAAGGAAAGAGAGAAGUCCAAACCCACUUUUAAAGACCUGGACUUUUUGAAUGACGUUCCUGAAGGCCUCACCAUGGACCAGGACACAUACAGCGCUCUGGUCAAAACUCUGCAGAGAGACUGUCUGGUUCUGGAAAGUUUUAAGAUUAUGGACUACAGUUUGCUGCUGGGGGUCCACAACAAGACCCAAGCAGAGCGAGAGUGCCAGUCUCAGGGCUCACCUACAGGAGGCGGGGAUGAAAAGAAGCGCGCAGCUCAGAGAGCCUUGUAUUCCACCGCCAUGGAGUCUAUACAGGGAGGCUCCACAUGCAGGGACACGCUGGAGCACGACGACACUAUGGGGGGUAUUCCAGCUGUGGGUAGUAAAGGAGAGAGCCUCCUGCUGUUCGUUGGAAUCAUUGACAUCCUGCAGUCCUACAGGAUGAUCAAGAAACUGGAGCACUCUUGGAAGUCCCUCAUCCAUGAUGGGGACACAGUGUCAGUUCACAGACCUGGUUUCUAUGCUGAGAGGUUCUACAAAUUCUGUAGCACCAUCGUCUUUAAGAAGAGCAGCUCAUUGCGAUCGUCACCCUCCAAGAAAGGACGAGGGGCUUUCUCCAUGUCCAAGUCCAGCGCUGGAACGGGUUCAUCUGGGCAGCGUCCCUCACUUGGUGACGAAAGGCAGGAAAACCUGGACAACUUGGAAAACCUACGAGGAGCUCGCAGCUUCCCCAUGCUGGAGGACAACGGGAGAGAGCCGCCCUGCACUCCUCCUUCCUUUGAAGAUGCUACCACAGCUUCUAUCGCCACCACCCUCUCCUCUAACAACUCCUUGCCCACCACCCCCUUCGAUACACCAGAGCACCCACGCUACAGGAGACAAAUGCUUUCUCCAAGUGUGGCCAGGUCACAGAGAGAGGUAGUUGAAGUCUAUGGGGAAAAGCAGGACACCAUUACAGUGGAGGUGGAGCUCAGUAAAAUCCCAACGAGCACGGAGCUCACACAGAUGACAGAAAUGACCUCUCCCAGUCUGUCACCUGAUCAUCAGCCCCAUGCCAUUGCUUCCUCCACAUCUCCCUCUAUUAGUCCAUCUUUGACAUUUUCCUCCUCCACCCUUCCUCCUUCCUUUGUGUCAUCCUCCUCCGCUGCUCAACCAGAUGACCAGUCAUCCUCCACUCUCGCUUCAUCCAUCUGUCCAUCCACCAAACCGCUCACCUCUCCCGCCGCUGCUCAGUCUUCCACUCUUUCUUCUCCGACUGUGCAAUCCACGCUUCUCACUUCAGCUCCAAACACCUCCACCCUCCCACCUGGCUCAGCAUUUACUCCCAUCUGCCCUGCAUCCUCUCACUCCUCCCCCAAGAGCUCCUCCCACCAGCUCCCCUCGACCCCUCCCUCCUCCCUCCCUCCGAGCCCCCAGGUGACUCAGCAGGCGCCGCGAGCACCAUGCAAUCAGCUGUCUGUGUCCAGCAGCCACAACUCAUUGGACGGGGAGUUGCAGGUGUCUGACAUCUACUUUCAGAAUCAGGAGGAUCGGGGCUGGGUGUACUCUCCUCUGCACUACGGCUCGGAGUCCAGAAAGGACUCGGAUGGGGAGAGUGAGACAUAACUCACAGUGGAGACAGAAGUGAUGGGUGGAGCCAGAGGCUGUCUUCAUAUACAGAAGCUGAGAGCUUUUAAUAACAAAGCCUACAGGACACUAUGGGCAUUCAUGCUAAUUGCCCGAGCUGCAUGUGGGAGCUUGCUUUGCCAACAGAGACUAAAGGAAUGAACUUAGAAGCAUUCAAGUAUUCAACAAUACACUCGCGUACAUUUAAAACAAACUUACCACAAUCAAAAUAUUAUGCAAAAAAUAAUAAUCAUAAAGCAUUUAUUUCCUGAACAAUCUGAGUGACAUCAAGCAGAUAAUUAAGGUUAAAUCACAUGAUAUAAUCAGCUGAGUGGCACUGUGAAUGGUGGCUGUUAAUCAGGUAUUGUUGCAGCCCUGCUGUCGGCUGGGGAGGCUUUUAUUGUUCAUGAGUCACACGGCACUGUGCCAGCUCUGGCUAUGCAAUAUGGGCAUAUGUGUUAUUGAUUUCUCUUUCUGAUUAAUGCAUAACUACUUCAGAGUGUAUUCAUGCAUUUAUUUUUCACUAGGGGCAUGUCAAAGCUGUAUAUUUUAUUUUAGCACUUUAUCAAUGUUCAUGUGGCUGAAAUCAUAUUACGUUUUGUUAUUUUUGUCAUCAAUUACUGUACAAACACAGUUCAUGUUUUGUGUGCUGUGUAUGCACAGUGUUCUGUUUUUCCAGCGGCGUCCACUUGAGAAACUUCGAUCUGACAAUGAAUGGUUGUGUUUUAAAUGCCUUAUUGACAAACUCAUUUCAUUUCAUAACUGUUUUUGAUAUUUUGGUCACAUGUAAUCACUUCAAAACAACUAAAAAAAGAUAAAGAUGCAAAGUAUGCUUUCACCUUUUCAGGAUUUAAAAUCAAGAGUUCAAGAAAAAACAAUUAAAUUAUAUUUUGUAAAUUGUAAAUAAACUGUGUGUGUGCUUAAGCACAUGCAUGUAAGUCUGUUCGUGCCCUUAUGUCUCUGUGUGUGCAUGUGUUUGCAUGCAUAUUGAUGUGUGAUUGGGAGACAUGUUUUUGGUCCUGUCUAUUUGUCAAAAAAUCGUCAAAAGGUGUAACUUCCAUUUGUUGUUAUGGCCAUGAAUGUCUGAACCAGCUAUAAGCAUGUUGGCUGUGUGAGGAAAAGGAAAUAGUCUGAACCAACUGAGCUAAACUGAAACCUCAGAUUUCUUUACAGUUUGGUAAGAAAAUAAAUCAACUGUUGCCACAGACAGUACUUCCCCUCUUCCAUACAUGGUGAUACUUGUUGCAACAACAUUGACCAUAAUUAGACUUCCUGACUGUCGAUAAGCACUGCUGUAACAUAUUACUGUGUUAUUUGAGUCUGCUGAAGUUAACCUGCCGGUUUGUAGGCAACAGUGUUUGUAGCUGAUCACUGUGUAAAAUAAAAUAAUAUUAUAUUGUGUAAAAAAGUAUGUGGUCCUUCUAUAUUUUUGUGAAAUAUCCAGAUUCAUGAACCAGCUGAAAAGGAGAAUAUGAUUUAGGUAUAAAAUGUUAUUUGC